CUGGUUGAGCUUCAGUUGAUUGCUUCGGUUGUGGUGCAGGCUGUGUUGCUUGCUUUGGUUGUGGUGCAGGUUGAGUUUCUUGCUUUGGUUGUGGUGCAGGUUGAGUUGCUUGCUUUGGUUGUGGUGCAGCUGGUUGCUUCGGUUGUGGUGCAG